CAGGCGGAAAACUUGGCUGGCGGUUCACACGCUUAGGCCAAAAUCUACAUUCGGUAGUCGUUGGCGGUAAUUCACCUGAGCAGUUGUAACCUUUCUGUUGCUGCGAGUUCCAUAGACAGUGUUGUGGUCAUGAUUCUGGGAAAAGUGUCGGGGGCAUUGACCAUUUGGAUGCUGUUGGUCCUUCUAUCGUCGAACAGAGUGGAAAGUUCAGCGGUACUCAUUGCUGACUUCGCCAUGUCCCGGAUGAUCGCACUUUCGUCUAAAUUUCCAUUUUGCACCCUAUAUAAGGAUAAAGGCGAUAUACAGCGAAUGCUACUUGCAGCUGACCAACGUCGUAUCCGUCAAGUACCCAGAGAUUCGGUUCUAGCAUUAGAGGCAGUGUGUCAUGAUUCCAGUAGGUUGGAUGAGAAGCAACAAGGCGGAUUGGGUUUUAUUUAUCCUGGAACGAAAUGGUGUGGCCCAGGAUCUAUCGCAACUGAUUUUAAUGAUUUAGGCCACUAUGUCGAAGAGGAUCGCUGCUGCCGCGAACAUGAUUUUUGUCCAAAUACACUAGCUCCGGGUGAGUGCCGUAAGGGACUUUGUAACACAGGACGUUUCACUCGGUCCCACUGUGAUUGUGAUGCACGUUUUCGCAGAUGUUUGCAAUCUCUAAAUACAGAGACAGCCAACACAAUUGGAGCGGUUUUCUUCAACGUGGUCCAGGUGAUUUGCUUCCGAGAACGAAGCCCCUGCUCAGUUUGGCAAAGAAAUGGAUACAACCAAACAACAUCAGAUGAACUUUGUUCUCAAUGGGCAUAUCGUCCCUCUGAAAAAUACAACCAGUUUACCCCUCACAGGACUUAGUAAGGAGGUAGAGCUGCAGCAGCAAUAUUCCAUUUCAACUUGAAUACAAAUCAAAAAUAAUUACAUAUGUAUGUAUAGCGAUUAGUCAGUUAAUGUUAGAAAAAGCAUAAUAAAGAAUAGUAAUCAUUGAA